AUAAUAAUUCAAACAAACGCUCAUCCGAGGCACCCAAGACAUCCUAAAAAAUACUCAAAACACCAGAGAUGCGAAUCGACUACUGCUGAGCUUGAUCAAAGUACUCCUACUAAUGAGCUUGAUCAAACCACUCUUACUAAUGAUCUUGAUCAAAGUACCCCUACUAAUGAUCUUGAUCAAAGUACUCCUACUAAUGAGUUUGAUCAAAGUACUCCUAUCCAUACGUCAAAUUGUCGCACGGUCUGCCCUUGUGACAAUUCUCCAGGAAAA